UAUAGACACACUCUCACACACAAACGCACCCACACAAAGACUUGCGGCCACAGGAGAGGCUACUGCUAGGUGAAGACAGUACCAGCAGGGAAUUUCAGGACACAAAGAAACAAAAGCAAACACCUGCGUUGUACAUAAACACACGUCAUCGUGCACACACACACGCACACAUACACACACACAGAGUCACACAGAAACACAGGCAUGCACAAACAAUCACUAACAUAAACAUGUAACUCUUUAUUCACAUUAUGCUUCCCAAUACAAGGUAUACUGGGCUGUAUUCUUCUUCUCAAUUAUUAUUUCACUUAAAUAAUUGUGUUCUGUAUUAUACUGUGUUAAUUAUUUAAUCUCGCUGUAGAUCUUACAUCAAAAAUCUAUUUGUGCUUUUUUUUCCACGAAGAGAUUUCAUCGGAAUGCAUUUCCAUGUGAAGCAGCAAAAGAAAUUGCAAAGCAAUUAGUCAACAGGAGCCCUCAGAAAACAAGUAAUGAUGACACUGUCAUUAAUUGGAGAUUUCUAUCAUUUCAACAGUACGUCUACCCCUCUCUAUGUACCACAAGUCACCAUGACAAUACAUAAGAAACAAUAUGCCAGAAAAGAUAAGAGAUUGCCUCACAAGUACAGAAAUAAACACACAGUGCGGUGCUUUUCACAAUGCACGGCAAAAAGUGUCAGACCUCUUAUUUUAAAACACGAGAGAGGGUUGCUUGCUCACAGGUUAUUCUUUGUUGAGUAGUUUUAAAGUUAUUCGCUCAAUGAAUAAUGCAUUAAUGUUGCUCUAUUUUUGAAAACAAUGGCCAAAACAAAAAAAGGAAGAACACCCGCCUUGCAUUUCAAUUUGUGGUAAUUGUCUUUGAUUCUGCGAUUCUUUUCCUUUUCCCACUCCUACAACCCCGGCUCUAAAUCCCACACACAACCCAUGCAUGAAAAUCAAACUGUCGCCGACCCUGCAGUGAACUUUGCAAAACUUGUCCUAUAAUUAAAUUGUUGAUUUUGUUCAGAUACUGCUGCGAAUCACAUUGGAAUAAUAAUAUGUCUUGCGGUCAAACUGUGAAUAACCCAGUAAUUGUUUUUUCUUUCUUUCCAGGAUCUCACAUGCCAAUCAUAUUUUAAUAUGUUCGGAUAUAUAUUCCCUCUGUCUUGAGAUUGUCUUUCCUUCUACUGCUAUAGAAUAAUUGCUACAUUUUUUUAUUUCUGUCACAGUCCCUCCUUGCUUUUACUGCCGUAAGUUCUCUUUCACAAUGUAAUGUAAUUGUCAGAAUAGCUUUCUUCCUGUGCUCUUAAAAAGACUAUGACCAUUCUUUUCCUUUUGGGUCUGACAUACUAAUGGACUGAUUUUAUUUGAUACAAUUCUGAGAGCCAACUUGUGGCCUGCGAUUUACCAUGUUAUUCAGAGCUACCCCCGAGGCAUACACAAAACUCUGGGGGAAAGAAGGUGAUGAUGCACUGUGUAGGAUGUUAAUGAGCCUGCCUCUUAUACUUUGUUGUCUUUCUUCUUUUUAGGUGCUGAAGAGAGACUUGUUCCUGGGGGCCCCGAAGCAUCCCCCUCUGACACCUUCCUCUGCACAGCGCCUCUAAGGCAAUAGGGAGACAUCGAACGACAACAGGGACUACCAGUCGCCGAGGAGACAGCGGAAACUAUGGCGACCGAGAGCCUGGUGGAGCUCCGCGAUUGGCUGUUCCUGAUCCUCUUGUGCCUGACGCUGCUGGUGGAGGUGCUGGAGUUCGCCGCGGCGACGGCCGCCGUUGCCGAGGCGGUUGCCAGCGAGGCGGAGUACCAGGGGGAGGUGCCGUGCCCUUCCACCUGUCGCUGCGAUGACAGCUUUGUUUACUGCAACGACCGAGGCCUGAGCAUCAUCCCAGCACUGCCCCUUGCGGCCGCUGUGCUCUACCUGCAGAACAACCGCAUCGACAAUGCCGGAUUGCCUACAUCCCUCGAGAGACGAAUGACUGUGAGGGUCAUUUACCUGUACGACAAUGAACUGGAUGAUUUCCCAAGGCAUUUACCGCCUUCGCUUCGAGAACUUCACCUGCAGGACAAUAACAUACGAACGCUACCGCGUGCUGCUUUAGCGCGAUUACCACUGCUUGAAAAGUUACACUUGGAUGAUAAUUCAGUUUCCACGGUGAGCAUAGAGGACAAAGCGUUUGCGAACAACCCACGCUUGCGGCUCCUAUUCUUGUCACGCAACCACUUAUCCAGCAUCCCUUCCGGGCUGCCGGCCUCCCUCGAGGAGCUGAGGCUGGAUGACAAUCGCAUCUCCACCAUCCCGACCCAUGCCUUUCGAGGCCUCUCGUCCCUGAGGCGCCUUUUCCUGGAUGGAAACUUGUUGGCCAACCAGCGCAUCGCCGACGACACUUUUGCGCGGCUCGCCAACCUCACAGAGCUCUCGCUGGUGCGAAACUCCCUGCUGUCGCCUCCGCUAAACCUCCCCACCUCCCACCUCUUGCGCCUCUACCUCCAGGACAACGCCAUGGCCCACAUGCCGCGCGGAUCCCUGGACGGGAUGAAGAGGCUGCAGAAGCUCGACUUGUCCGGCAACAACCUCACCACCCUCCCGCGGGGCCUGUUCAGAGAUCUGGACAGCCUGACCCAGCUGCUGAUGCGAGGCAAUCCCUGGUACUGCGGCUGCAACCUCCGCUGGCUUUACGACUGGCUGCACAUGCGAGGGGCCUCCGUGACGGUGAGGGGCUUGACUUGUCAUGCCCCCGAGCGAGUGCGAGGGCAGGCGCUGAAGGACCUGACGGGCGAGAUGAAGCUGUGCGAGACAGCGGGGGAUGGUGGACUGGGAGGAGGUGGCGUUGGCGGGGUAAGUGUCGGAGGAGUGUCAGGGAGAGAGAGAGCAGGAGCUGGAGCAGCUCUACCCACACUGCCUGCUCCGACAACCACACGCACGCCCCAGGGCUCGCUCUUCACCCUCCGCUCCAGGCACCCGGGAAACAUUCCCCCCGAUCUCGCCCAGGACCACCUGAGCGAGAGCGGGCACAGCGAGGCGGGCAGGCCGCUGCAGCUCAAAGUCAAGCCCAUCACGCAGGACACCAUCCACGUCAUGUGGACGUCGGCGACGCCGGCCCCGUCGUUCCGCCUCUCGUGGCUGCGGCUGGGCACGAGUCCCGCCAUGGGGGACAUCACAGAGACGCUAGUGCCCGGCGACCGCCGCGAGUACCUCCUCACUCACCUGCAGCCACAGUCCAGUUACAUUGUGUGCAUAGUGCCCCUUUACAUGAACGAGGGCAAGAGCUCCUUGUCAUCCUAUUCCUCCACAAACUUAAACAAGGACCACGAGCACCCGGCCUGUGCCAAGACCGAGACGCUGGAGCUCAGACAGUCCGGCUCAGAGCAGGACGGGACAGACCAGUCGGGGUCGGACCAGUUUUCAGCCCUCCCGAUGGCUGGGAUUAUCGGGGGCGCCACAGCGCUGGUCUCCCUGCUCUUAAUCUUUGGUAUUUUUUGCUGGUACGGGCAUCGAGUCGGGUAUCUGGCACCUGGCGAACAACAGACCAUGUACAGUGGGGGUGAGGGGAGGGGGCCCGGGGACGUGGCCAACGGCCGUGGGCACGGCGCCAACGGCAGCGGCAAACACUACGAUGACUAUGCCGAGUCGGGCACGAUAAAGGACACCUCGAUCUUAGAGAUCCGGGGUCCUGGCUUUCAGAUGACGCCCAUGGCGGCGCACCAGGCGCUGCAGAUGCAGCCCAAGGGCGGUGACAUGACCUACAUCCACACCAUCUUUCCAUCCAACACCACCACCAGCCUGUACAGGGGCAGCCACAAUCACAGCAACCACCACACAGACAACUCCGGCUACGGGACCAACCGUGGGUACAGGGAAAGAGGUAUACCAGAUAUAGAUUACUCAUACACGUGAUAACUAUUCACUCACCCAUCACCCUAUCAUCGGUCCCCGUCCCCUCUCGCAGAUAGUGUGUCCGUCUGUGACAGGGGGCCGGGUCCUUGGAUCCAAAGUAGGAGUGUGCCAGCCAUUUACGUCUUUUUUUUUAUUUGUUUUUGCUUGUUGGUUUUGAUGUGUGACAGAUGUCAGAGUAGUUGAACGUUUUUUUUAAUUUUUUUUGCAGUUACUAAGCCCAGGUUAUUUCAAUAAGUUGAUUUAAAUGUGAUGAAUGCAUACUGUACUUCUAUGACAGAUUUCUAUUGCCACAUUCACUGAAGAUGAAUAUUGCCAUUGUAAACCUACAAGCUACUGUAUCUGUAUUCAGCACUUCCCAACUGCAUCUGUUUCCUCAAAUUGUUCCAGUUGAUGAUGAUUUGGCUGCACGGCAUGCAUAACUGUUUACUGGAUACAGUUGUUCUGUUACCCGGCAACAACUGACUGAACUGAACUGAAGCAUAAGGCCAUAUCUGGCAAGCGUACUGCGAAAAUCUAUUUUCAAUUAAGCAUUAUGGUUGUGUACGUAUGGUGGUAGGAAGACAGACAGGCUGAACCCACCAUGCCUUCACUCUUAUCUCUCAGACUACACCCUGCCUUGGCUCAUGAUUCAUCCAAAUUCAAAAUAUUCAUACUUUUUUUUACAGUUUUUUAAAGCUUGAAUGUCUUAAAAAGGGACAAGUUUUUGUUUUGUAUGCCGAACAUGUCGAAACAUCCAUCACUAUGCUUUAUUGUCAUUUCUUCCUGGAAUUUUUGUCAUUGACUCAUGUUUGACUCUGUUCUUGGCACACUCCUAUUCCAAAGCACCCUUUGUGCCUCCUUGACUAUAUUUCCAAGAAAUCUGUUAAUCGAUUUAAUUACUGGGCCUAGGACCACACAGAGAUUGCUAGAUAUGCCCGCUAGAGUGACUAAAGUGCCAGAAAUACCUAUCUUGGUAUUGACUGUAACAAAUAAUCCAAUGCUACAUACU